AGCAAGAAACUUUCAUCAUCAUCCACCAUGUCUUACUCUCGCACCUCCUCCAUGUCCAUGAGGAGCUCCACCAGCUCCAUGAGGGCCGGUAGCGUUUACGGCGGCGCCGGAGGCUAUGGCGUUCAUAUCUCCUCGGCCUCCAUGGGAGGAGGAGCAGGAGGAGGAGGCUACAGCUUCAGCGCGUCCAGCAGCGCCGACAGCAGCUCCAUCGGCAACGAGAAGUUCACCAUGCAGAACCUGAACGACCGUCUGGCCUCUUACCUGGACAAGGUGCACUCCCUGGAGAAGGCCAACGGGGAGCUGGAGCGCAAGAUCAGGCAGUUCCUGGAGAACAAGGCGGGGCCUAACACCAGGGAAUACGGAGCCUUCUUCAUCACCAUCGCUGACAUCACCAGCAAGAUUCAGGCGGCCAUCAAGGUCAACGGAGCGACUCAUCUCAACAUCGACAACGCGAGGCUGGCGGCAGAAGACUUCAGGACCAAGUUCGAGAACGAGCUGGCCAUGCGGCAGUCGGUGGAGGCCGACAUCGCCGGUCUGAGGAGAGUCCUGGACGAGCUGACCAUGAGCCGGUCCGACCUGGAGAUGCAGAUCGAGGGCCUGAAGGAGGAGCUGAUCUUCCUCAAGAAGAACCACGCGGAGGAGCUGCUGUCCAUGCGCGCUCAGAUGAGCGGCCAGGUGAACGUGGAGGUGGACGCCGCCCCGGGUCAGGACCUCAGCAAGGUGAUGGCCGACAUCAGGGAGCACUACGAGGGCAUCACCGCCAAGAACCAGAGGGAGCUGGAGGUCUGGUUCCAGACCAAGUCGGAGACGCUGAGCAGGGAGGUGGUCACCCAGACGGAGACGCUGCAGACGUCCAGGACGGAGGUCACGGAGGUCAAGCGGACGUUGCAGGCGCUGCAGAUCGAGCUGCAAUCCAUGCUGGGCAUGAAAGCGUCUCUUGAAGCCCAGCUGGCUGAGAUCCAGAACCGCUACUCCAUGCAGCUCUCUGGGUACCAGAUGCAGGUGACCUCCAUGGAGGAGCAGCUGGUGCAGCUGAGGGCCGACCUGGAGAGGCAGGGGCAGGAGUACCAGAUGCUGCUGGACAUCAAGACCCGGCUGGAGAUGGAGAUCGCCGAGUACCGGAGGCUGCUGGACGGGGAGGCCUCCACCAGCAUCAGCUCCUCCUCCUCGACCACUACGACUAAGCGGACGGUGGUGGUGGUGGAGGAGGUGGUGGACGGGAGGGUGGUGACCUCCUCCUCCAAGACCUCCACCUUACAGACCAGCUGA